CAGAUUAUGAUCACACUCUCACACAGGCGCAGUUAUCGCAAUGAAUGAUGUUGGUGGGUCUCCGAGAUAAAUCGUAAAUAGUUUAAAGCAUCGUGUCACCAUGUGUCUGUCAGACUUCAGUUGCGGUUUAACAGGUUGAAUUGGUGAAGUGGAGAAUGGGCUGUAGUUGAGGUCCAGAGGGACUAUGGCAUCAUGACCGAGGACCUGUUAAGAAACACACAGGUGUCCAUGAAGCUGGCCGCUUUGCGCUUUAUGGACUUGCCACUGUCAGUCUAUUACUCCCUUCCACAGGUGAGUCUGAGCACAGGCACCAAGAAGCUCUUUGUCGCAACUGCCUUCGGCGUGGUCUCCCUUAUCUACCUCGCCCGGCGCUUCAGGAGGAGGAAGGGCAAGAAAAAAGCCAGUUCACCUGUAGAGCAGGAAACGUUCGAGUUCCUCAACACUGUCCCACUGAAAAAAGGUAAAAACACAUCGCAACUCACCUUUAAUCAACAAGGAGACAUCAUCAGUGUAGAUUUCAUUCGAAAGCUGGAGUCCCUGCUACAGAGAGCCUAUCAACUUCAGGAGGAGUUUGAGGGAGCGCUGGGAAUGACAGACCCUUCAACACAUCCUACUAGCGACAAGCACAUGGAUCUUUCCGUGCGGGAGGACUUGGAGGACACCUGUCUGAGAGAUUCAAUCAGCAUCGCCUCAACAGAUUCCUUCGUCUCUGCUGCAGAGUUAUCCGAGCACAGAGAGAUGAUGAGUUCCCAUGCAGUAGAGUCACUGUAUCAUCACCCCUUCUAUGAGGAUGCCCUGCAGAUGGCUGAGGAAGGAAAGAUCUCCUGCCGAGUGCUAAGAACUGAAAUGCUUGAAUGUCUUGGAGACACUGACUUCCUGGCAAAGCUGCACUGUAUACGGCAGGCGUGUCCGGUCAUCUUAUGUGAAAGAGCCACUAGAGCAUUUCUGGCUGACACAGGAAAGAAGAUAUUGUCUUCAAUUAUUGUCAAAGCAAGGAAGAGCCCAAAGAGAUUUGAAGAAGUGUUUGAAGAAAUGAUUUUUCUGGAGCAAACGGACCAUUGGGAGAACACUGAAAUGGAGCUUUCUGCAAGAGGGGUUAAACAUCUGAACUUCUAUGACAUUGUUCUCGACUUCAUCCUUAUGGACUCAUUUGAGGAUCUUGAGAAUCCACCUAUCUCUAUUCAAAAUGUGGUCCACAAUCGUUGGCUCAACAACUCUUUCAAAGAGACAGCUGUUGCAUCAAGUUGUUGGUCUGUUCUGAAACAGAAGAGGCAACAUAUGAAGGGUCAAGAUGGCUUCAUUGCGCAUUUCUAUGCAGUGUGUGAACACACAAGUCCUGUCUUGGCCUGGGGGUUUCUAGGCCCUAAAAGUUCCCUGCAUGAUUUCUGCUGCUGCUUCAAGGAACAGGUGCUGUUCUUCAUGAAGGACAUUUUCGAUCUGGAUAAAGUACGUUACUGUACUCUGGACACUCUGGCUGAGGACAUCCUGCACUUGCUUCACCGACGCUCUGAACUGCUUCUUUCCUAUCUGGGCACUGACAUGAUCCGUCACCUAAACGGCUGUAGUGGCACAACUUUGCACCUGGUACCCAGUGCUUUGCUGGAAGCACAGGUUCAGUGAUCUACAUCUGUCUGUCACACCCUCCACAUUUUCAUGGAUGUUACCUACAGCUGCUGAGUCCACUGUGCAUCACGACUCUUGUCUUUAAAGUCAUUAUUAGUGCUAUGUCAAUGUAUUGUAAAGUUUGUCUAGUGUUUAAAAUGAAGUGGGUAAGAAUGGACAGAGAUGUUUAUUUUAUAUGCCUUCCAUGUGGUAUUCAAGUAGCUUUAAUUUGAUACUUUUGAGGGAUGUGCACAAUGAAUGAUCAGAAUUUUUGGGUCCUUGAUGUUUUGAGACUUGAAAGCUUUAACUCCGUUUUAAGUAUUUUAAUAGUUAAAAAAAAAGUUAUGAAGAGAUUUUUAAACCGAAUGUCUUUAUGUAGGUCACUUAAGCCUCUGAACAUUUAUGGCAAUUAAUGUUCAACACUAGCCAUGAAUUCAGUUUAGACAAUUUUCUUCCCGACCCGACAGUUCCCACUAAAUUUAGAUCUUGUUUCCAGAAUCUCACAUUUAAAUUUCCGCUACUG